AUGGCAAAAACCCUCUCCCGCUCCACCGCUUCGCGAGUCGCUAACCGUUUCUUCUCCACCUCCAAAGCCCCCGCUCCUCCUCCUCCUCCUCCUCCUCCUUCGCUUCCUUCUCAAUCUAACCUCAUCUCCCAUCGAUCCUCACCGACUCUGUUCCACGCCGUCGGAUUCACCCCCAAUUCGACCCUUCUGAAAGAAAUCCUAAAGACACAGAAGAUCCGGCCCCGGGUGAUUAUUAGGUCCCAUAGAUCCUAUUCACCCCGCAAGUCCAGAUACAAAUGCAGCGACCAACCACCCACUGAGAUGCCGCCGCUACCUUCUGGAUGCGACUACAAGCAUUGGCUCAUCGUCAUAGACAAGCCCGGCGAGAGUACGCUAACAAAGAGAAAACGAUCGAUUGUUAUUGAGGAAGAAGCUAAGAGGAAGAUCUACAAUGUUUCUUGCGACAAGUAUUUUGCCUUUGGCUGUGAGAUCGAUGAGGAGAUAUCGAAUAGACUUAAAGGAAUACCUGGUGUUCUCUACGUGCUUCCGGACUCUUAUAUUGAUCGAGAGUACAAAGACUACGGAGGUGAAUUGUUUGUGAACGGAGAAGUAGUUCCGCGUACUCCAGAGAGACAGAGGAGGAUUGUGAGGUUCACGACUAUAGAAUAUAUACCGAGGUGA